AUGGACGGCCUCCUCCUCGACACCGAAGACAUCUACACCGCCUGCGCCAACACGGUGCUCGCCAAGUACGGCCGGCCCAGCCUGCCGUGGUCCAUCAAAGCGAAGCUCCAGGGCCGUCCCGCGCCCGCCGCCGAGGUCAUCUUCCACGAGUGGGCGCAGCUGCCUAUCUCUGACGCCGACUACCUCGCCCAGUUCUCCGCUCUGAAGGUGCAGCACUUCCCGCAGGCGAAGCCGCUGCCCGGUGUCGAGAGGUUGCUGGGCGAUCUGGGCAGGACGCGCUGGUGGGAGAAGGCGGCUGGUGGUAAGGACGACGAGAAAGGGGGUCAUAGAGUACAUCUCGCGCUCGCGACAAGCAGCAACUCCCAGAUGUUCGCCGUCAAGACGGCCGCCUGGGAAGAGCUCCUCUCCGUCUUCCCCCCGCACCGGCGCGUGCUAGGCGACGACGCGCGAGUAGCGCCUGGCCGCGGGAAGCCCCUGCCCGACAUCUACCUCGUGGCGCUCAACAGCAUCAACGACAGCCUACCGCCAGGCGAGCCGCUCAUCGCGCCCGAGGAGUGUCUGGUGUUCGAGGACAGCGUGCCGGGCGUUGAGGCCGGACGGCGGGCGGGGAUGCGGGUCGCCUGGUGUCCGCACCCGAUGCUCAAGAAGGAGUAUGAGGGCCGUGACAAGGAUAUUUUGGCUGGGCGCAUGGGCGAGGCGGGCGAGGAGGUCGAUGUGCAUCAGCUUGGGAACCAUGAUGACGGGUGGGCGGAUUACUAUCUCGAUUUGACGGAUUUUCCGUAUGAUAAGUAUGGAAUGGUGAUCCCACCCGCUGAGGUGGAGCUGGAUCCGUCUAUGAAGGAGGAUGUGAGUGCAGAGGUUAUAGCGCAGGGCGCAUAA